UCAAUAUUGUUUGGGACUCCGUGGCGAGACGAUCGUCGAAAAAGUCGCGCGCGCUGCUAUAAUAAAUUCAAGCAUUCACAAAGAAAUAUUUAACUAGGCAAUGAAAAAAAAACACACACCAUUAAUAAUCACAUAAAAAAAUUAAGAUUUAUACACACAGACCAAGAAAAUAAAAUACAAAGUAAACACAUUUUAUUGGUGAAUAAUUGUGCUGUGCACUGUGAAAAGAGUCCUAAUACGUUUAUACGCAUUUAAGUGCUGGUAGAUAAAGGCGAAAGUAGGCCAACGCAGAAAGACAGACAGUUGAUUUGAAACUAAAUAUUACUCAUACGCCACCGGCACCUCAUUCAUUCCCAUCUCAGUUAUCAGCCUUUGAAUGAGCCCCAUGAGCGGACUGCGCCAACAGCUAAAGAUGCUGGGAACAGCUUUACUGGGCAAACGGGCCACCAAGUCUGUCAAAAAGAAACCAUUUACGGAGGUGGAAAUCAAAGAUCUACGCACAGCAUUCGAUCUACUAGACAGAAAUCGCGACGGACGCGUCACCGCCAACGAGCUGCAGUUUAUGCUGAAGAAUUUGGGCAUAAACGUGAGUGACGAACUCAUCCACGAUCUCAUCCGUGAGGCAAGCCACUCGGGCAAUGGCUUAAUCAACGAGGCCGAGUUCCUGCAAUGGGUGGGCAGGAUCCAGGCGCUGCGAGACGACCAGCAGUCACAUGAGGACAGCAAGGACAGCAAGCCGGUGGACGAGGCCGAUGAUGUCACCGAGGACUUGAUAGCCGCAUUUAGAGUAUUCGAUCGGGAUGGCAAUGGGUUCAUAACGCGCGACGAGCUGCAGACCGCCAUGGAGAUGAUUGGGGAGCCCUUGAACGAGCAGCAGCUGGAGCAGCUGCUGGUCAUCGCAGACUUGGACCAGGACGGGCGCAUCAAUUACGAGGAAUUCACGAGACUUUUGCUCUAAGCAGUUUUACGCCCAACAUGGAGGCAUGGUCAACUGAAACCCCGAAAAUUUCGAGUGGAAUGCACCCCGAGUUACCCCUUCAGCAUAAUUGUUAAGCUAUUAAGAAUAUACUCAGACAUGCAGAAAAUAAUAAUGCAACAAAAUGUGCAGAACACAAUUGUUUGAAUUUUUAUACAAAAUAAAAAACUUAUUUAUACAAGGGUUCGAAAAAAGUGCAAGGCAGGCCACACACACACCCGUAAAGUUUUCGUUUCAUUCAACACCCACAUAUACACACACAAACAUAUUCAUAUGUAAAUUAGUUUCAAAGUUUUGUCGAUUGUAAAAAAGUGAAUUAUUGAUUCAAUUGGAAAAAUUUAAAUGGAAAUGUUUAGACAGUUUGUGUAAACGAUUUGCGUUGAAAAUAAUUUAAAUCAUACAGAGACAACACAACCCAUAAACAUUUAACAUAUAAAUUGCAUAUUCGGAUAAGUCUGAGCGCGUGAGUGAUAUUGUGUUUAGGGUGCUGCAAAAAAAAAAGAGCAGGCAAAUGGAGAAUUAAAAAAAAAAUACAAUAAAAAUAUAUCUUAAUUCGGCGAAGGCCAGCAAGUGGAUUCAUAUAUUUGUAUUUUAUUGUAGUUAUGCUGCUUUCAAUGUAUGCGCGUUUCAAAUACCCCAAAAACAAACAAAAACUGUUUCAAAUUUGUUAGAAUAAGGAAAUAAAUGUUAACAAUUUAUAUAAGAAAACAAAAGAUUUAAUUUCAGUUGGGAAGUGUCUUUGUAGAGCUCUCAAAACAUCGGCGUUAUCGGUUAUACAAAGCUAAUAAUAAAAAAAAACGUUUUUUAAAAUUUAAAACAGAGCUAAGCAAAAUCGGUAGGAAAUGUAAUGUUUAUAAAUAUGUUUUCUUUCAUUUAUCCACUUAAACAAUACCAUAGUUUGAUAAAAUCGAUACUCUCGAUGGUGCAUUUGUGUUUUCUGAGCUCUAUUAUGAAGGCACAAAAUACAAAUGAGCCGAGCAGCAAAAAUUAUAUAAGAUGUUAAUGAAAACGUAAAUUAACAAUAACCAACAAUGAAUGGAACAUUUCAGAAUUCUUGGUAUACAUAGUUCAAAGUCUUCAAACUUUACAUUUUAAUAUGUUGUUUUGCGUUCUUUUUAAAGUUAUUUGUUAAUUUAAUUUGUUUUCGAAAUUCAAGUCCAUUGCAUAUUGCCGUCCCAUAGAUAAUUUAACGAGAAGCAACAAAUUUUGUAUAACAAUUACAAGUCAUCGAUUUAAGGCAUUGCGGUUUCAAACAAUAAUUUUUUUAUUGAUUUCGUAAGCCUUUUUUUGAUACAAAUUUAGAACAGAAAAUCAAAAUCAAACAAAAUAUAUAUUUAACAAAAGUGCUCUUUUGAAAAUUCAGUGAAACGAGAAUUAAAAGUAUAUAUUUACAUUUAAACACUAUAUGGAUAAAGUUGGGUAAAGAAAAAAUAAAUCAGGUCAAUGGUACAAAUCGCAAAAUGGGUAAAACAAGGAAUGCAAACAAGGAAACCACAUUUUUUGUAUGGUAUUUACAACAGGACUGCAAAGGCAAAGCAAAUUUAAACCUAAUUAAAAUCGAAAACCGAAUCAAACUAAACUCUAACCCAAAAUAUUGAAUAUACCCGAUAAAUGUACUUCAAUUCAAGUAGUUUUUUAUGACCUCUAAAUGUGCUUAACAACUAUAUGCAGGACUAUAUACCUACCCAACAAUAUACUACUUAUAUACAUGAUAACUGUUUAUGUUUACCGUCAAACUACAUACCUAAUAUUAUCUUCUAUAUAUAUAUAGAUACUGGAUAACACGAAACACAAAACAACUAAGACAUUAUCUGUAUGCGUACUUAAAGUGGUAGACAUUUGGUUUAGGUAUUAAUGAUUUCAUAAUUUAUAAAUGCGAUUGCGAGUCGGAAAACGAGAUGUGACAUAAUAAAUAACAGUACACCAACGCUCAA